GGUGGCCUGUCAUUCAUUAUCAUUCGUCAAAAUUCAGUUGAAACAAGAAAAAUAUUUCAUUAUGAAAUUUUCCAACAUAAACUAAAGCCACUAUGGAUGAAUUCUUCAGGCAUUUCCGUUCGUUUUUAGGCUUGCCUAAAUUCGAAGAUUCCAGAUCAGGUCGUCACGAACAAGAUAUAAGAGAUCCAGAAAAUUAUAUUGAUUCAAGGUAUGAUAUAUUUUCGAGUACACUAGAGAUGCAUCGUUAUUUUGAAGAGCAAAUGAAUAAAAUCAUGGGAGAAUUCGAUAUAUUUCAAUUCGGAGGAAGCGACUCAUUUUUUGGAGAUAUUCCGGGCCGUGGAGAAAUAGAAUUUUUUGAUAGAAGUGAUAUGCCUCCUCUUAUUGAGGACGGACAAGAUGGAGAUUUAAGAAAUCAGUUCCUCAAACCAGGGUUUGCACGUCCAACACAAAAACAUCUUAUUGAUAAGUCUGAUAAAGAGUUGAAAGAGAGUGAGAUAAAUAUUAAUGAUUUGGAUUCCUUAGUUAAUGGUGAUUAUCAGAAAAAAAAAGAGGAGCACCCUAGUAUUACAACCAAAUUUUUUGGAAAGAGCAUUAGUACUAAAACAGUCAUGAAUCCAGAUGGUUCGAUGGAGAUUCAUAAAACAAUUCAUGAUAACCAGGGAAAUCAGGAAACAACGAUAACCAAGAGAAUUGGUGACAAAGAGCAUACCAUUAUUAAAAGAAUAGAUGCUAGUGGCAAGGAGGAAGUAAUAGAGAAUUUUGUUAAUAUUCAACAGAAGGAUGCCUCUAAUGUUGUACCAUUACCUUAUUCUAAUCCAUGGUCUUUAUAUGAACGGUUUUUCAAGUAAUAUAAAUAAUCAGAAUGUAUGAUAUUUGAUUCUGUAGCGAUAUAUUUAAUAUAGCUAAUUUUUAGUAGUUCAA